ACAUUUUUGUCUUAAGCUUCCAAGCAGACUGCAAAAAUAUUUGCAUAAUUAUAUCCGAUACUUUAAUAUUAAAAUCUAGAAAAUUGUACGCUGUGGAAAAAAAAAAAUCACUGCUUUGUAAAUACAAGUCGGUGACUAAACUGGUGAUUAAUGUGGUGUGUAUACAUGUCAAUUGUACUGAUGUUCAUAACAGACGGCUCGAAGCGUAUGUGGAUCGAUGCCGAUAAGUUGGGUUACAAUAAUCUUUGUUUCGUGUUAUGAAUCCAUACUCUUUUAAUGCAGAAUCCACAGGUUGGAUGUUACCUGCCAACAGCAAUGUGUAUAUUAUAUUUUUUCUAUUAUUUAACCCUUUAAAGCCCUGUGGUAAAUAUUUAUACCACUUGCUGUAACAUUUACUAACACUGCAUUUUGCCCACAGAAUGUUCCGUAUGAUUGCUAGAAUAAUCAGCGAUCAUUUACUUAAACGGCGUUAACCAUUCUAUCUUAGUAAUGGUGAAGCGCUGUGUUUUCUUCGCGGUACGGAUUGAAUCCCUAAAUACUUUAUACAGACGAGUUCCGGCUUCAAAGGGUUCACAUACAUGAAUUGUCAUUGAAUGAAUACUGUGAUGGCCAUAAAAACAUACUUAAAUAGAAAAUGAUGAUAUGGGACGUACGUUAAAUUAUUUAUACUUCACGGCAUUUUAAAAUUAUUAACCUUCUUUGUUUAUUUCGAAAUAACUUGCUAACUUCAGAGGUGGGAGAAAUAUUGUCGCCACUUCCUCAUCGGGCAUUUUUUUUAUCAAUUUUUACGUAAAUUUCUCUCAUAUUUGUGAGAAAACCGCAGCGGGUUACGUACAUGAAGACAAAGCUGACAUCAGUUGGAAUUAAUCAGUUCGCCGUGCCUCCUAGGCAACUUCUCCGUCACUCUUGUGUUGCCGGUUAAUCGAUUUGAUACUCGCAGGCGUCAUCCGUCCUGCGCUCGGUGGUCGUAGGAUUGGUUUGUUCAACGCUGCAACUAACUAACGAAUUGCUGGCGUAUUCUACAGUCCAGUUGAAGAACAAUGGUGAUGAAGUUUGCUUGUUUCAAAUCGUUCUGAAUAAGAAACGCGUUAAACCCUUACCUACACAGAUUUCGUUUAAACACCUAACGUAUUAGUGUGGUUAGUGUACGGAUCUCAGAGAGAGAGAGAGAGAGUAAGAGAGUAAUUGAGUCGCAGUCGUUCUUCAAGUACGUAGGAGUUCUAAAGGCGCCAAUUAGCAGAAGAUUCAGUUAUCACGAACGUCAUAUUUGUUAAGCACCGCCCUACGUAAGCGAAGAAGCUUUAUGUCUUCUGUGACAGAGAUUACACCGCGUCACGUUCGAAAUUAAGCAGGAGGUAAGUUUACGACGUCAGUUUCACGUGAACUCGGUUAUUAGAGCCCCUUGAAAUAUGCAACUUGCACCUGUCUUCAGGCCAAACAGGAAUUUACGUGUGUGUGUGUGUGUGUGUGGGACGGGCGGACAUCUCACGGAAGACGAGAUCAGGCAGUCACCUUUCAGCACGAACACGAAGCACUUUUGUGCUGGUAUUGCAGAGCUGAAAUUCCUGUCUUCGGAACUUCCAAGACACUGAAAAUGGAUCUACAUGGAAUCGCCGUUGCGUUGUUUCUGUGCGUGUAUUCAUUCGUCGUCUGUGACGUCAUCGUAGAAGCUCAGACUGUUUCGCCUUUAGCAUCGGAUCGCAGGCCUUACGAUUGCCCGCUCUGUGACUCAUCUGUGUUCAGCUACUGCAGUGACAAGCUGUUGCACGACGCAUGUUGCUGCCUCAAACCUCACGAACUGCCGUACCAGUGCAACUACGCGGACUGCUCGUUCCUGCACGCGAAUUCAUGUCGGGAACAUCGCCUCAUCACCGCCUGCUGUUGCAACAGACUUAUCUUCCACUACAAAUGUGAGUGGGUGCAGGACCGGGGCUGUACAAACUCGUUCUGGCCUUAAGUCCAUCUUUUAAAUUCUCCCAACCCCUCAACUACUGUGAAGGUUUCAGAAGUGCGUCAUUAUCUACGAAGGGGCAUGGGGGAGACGAUUUUCGUUUGUAAACCUUAAGGGAAGAGAUCAUUCCGAAGACGUAGACGUAGUUGGGAGGAUGAUAUUAAUACGAAUUUUAGGGAAAUAAGGUUUUUGGCGUUUGUAUUGGAUUCAUAUAGCUCAUGAUAGUGUCCGAUGGUAAUCUAUUG